AUGUCAAGCAGCCGCCGCUACCUACUCCUCCAGAGGAGGAUGAUGUCGUCUUCACCAAAACUAUAUCCGGUUGGGAGGGAUCAUCCCCGGCCUGAGGACCGCAUCACCAUUCUCGGUGGUCCAUCAGCACUACUUGGUCGAGUCAAGUUCCUGAUCGAUGAUAUUGUAGACCUCGACGUUGCAGCCAAUCACGCCCGUCGAGCUGCUGCGUGGAAGAAGAGGAUGGCACCCCACCGAGCCAUCGAAACCUGCAAUGCGAUCAUAGGCGCCAUGUGCGACGCUGGGCGGUCAGGAGACGCCAUUGAUCUGUUCGAUUUCUUUUUCAACAAAUCAGAGAUGAAACCAAACAUCUCUUCCUGCAAUCUAAUCAUCAAAUCCCACUGCGAGCACGGCCGUCUCGACGACGCUCUCCGCCUCUACACUCACCUCUCCUCCUCGGAAAACACUACUCCUUCUCCCGACCACAAAACGUACGACCUCUUGACCAAAGCCCUGGUCGAUGCCGGAACGAUAAACCAAGCUCUGGAUCUCUUGUUGGAAGGAAGAAGGGUCCUGUUCAAUUUCCAAGAGCCAGGCAUGUACAUGAACCUCGUCCGUGGCUUCCUGGAACAAGGGAAUCUCGACAUGGCGUAUCAACUCCGGGACGACUUCACGACCUGUUCCAUACGCAACAAAAUCGCAGUCCUCGACUCCGUGUUUGUAGAGCAUUUGUUCAAGCAAGGCAAGGACGAGGAGGCUAUGGAGCUAUACAGAAGCUCAGUGAACAACAAGGAUGGCUUCACAGCAAAUGGUACUGUUGGUAAUCCCUAUCUCAAAUUAUUGCUCACGUACGGCCAAAAAAAACAAGCCUGGGCAUUGUUCCAGUAUAUGCUUGACAAUUACGUAUGCUGCUUUGGGUUUAACAAAGAUACUGUCAAUAUGAUGGUGAACGAGUGUUUCGAUGUGGGACGGUUCGGCGAUGCGGUCAACGUUUUCAACAAGGCAAAGGCAACGCUCCAGUACGGGCUUCCUGUUGAAGCAUACAGGAACAUUAUUACAAGGUUGUGUCAAAACGGAAGGUUGUCCGAUGCUGAGACUAUGUUUAAUGGAUUAGUGAAAGAACAAGGAUACCAUAAACCAGAUGUUGAAACCUAUAAAGCAUUGAUUCGUGCAUAUGUUGAGUCUUCAAGGGUUGAGGAUGCGGUUCAAACCUCAAACAAGAUGAUGGCUUCUAAACUCCACAGGGCCACUCAGUUGUUUUUCUAG